AUGUCGCUCUUCCGCCCAAUGCUUCUCAGGACCACACGCCUCGCAGCUGCCCCUCGUCCAAUAUGCCUCCGCUUCUCCUCCACAUCAACCGAGCCCAUUGUCCUACCUCGCCUGCAGUCCGACCUCAAAACCGCGCUCCGCUCAAAAGACAAAACCACGCUCUCCGUCAUCCGCUCGCUCCAAGCCGAAAUUAUAAACGCUUCCAAGACCACCAAACCCAUCACAACCGACGGUGCACUCUACAGCCUCAUCCAGAAGCAAAUAAAAGGCAUCAACACCGCCAUUGCAGAAUUUGAGACUGCGAAACGAGAUGAUUUGGUGCAGAAGGAGAAGGAGCAGUUGGCGGUGCUGAACAAGUACGCGGGCGAGAUUCCGAGGGUGGAGGAGAGCGAGCUUGACGGGCUGAUUGCGGCUGCGGUGGAGAAGUUGGAGGAGGGCAAGAGGUCGUUUGGAAGUGUGAUGGGGAGGGUAAUGGGUGGACUCAAGGGCCGGCCAGCGGAUAUGGAGUAUCUGAAUAGGAAGAUUGAGGAGGUGAUUGGGAAGAAAUGA